AUGUACACACUUUUCUGGCUACUUCUGUUCGCAUGCGCAGCGUGCGGCCAUGAAUAUAAUGCUAUUGAAACCGAAAUGUUCGCGAUACCGAUCAGUCCCAAUCUUUUUAAUUGGACUUAUCAAGAAUUCGACCAGCAAUACCGCUUCCAUGCGUCACUGAUUGGUAAACCAGAACUUCCUUUAUGGCUUCGAUACAUCUACAGCGGACGUCAUCAUUCGGGCUUCAUUUUCGGAACGCCACCCAGAGGCACUGCAUCACCAAUCACUUUAGAAAUUAUUGGCUUAAACCGACAAGAUUAUGAAACCCGACGUGUUUUGCUCACUCUGCGCGUUCAGUCUAAAGAAAUUAUGGCAACACAUGAGGUUGAACUCAAGAUUGAUAAUCUCAACGUGGAAGAUUUACUUGAUGAACACAGAAUGACUCGCCUCAAAGAUAUCCUACGGACAAAAUUAUGGACGGAAAGUAGUGGCGACUUAUACGCUACCUUUUUGGCAUCUGCUAUUGAUUUGGGUGCAAGGCUACCCUUGAAACCUAGCGAUGGAGAAGGGUUAGUUGUACGUCUCGGUAGUGCAACACCAUUUUCAAAUGAAUUAAAAAGGUUACGAGAAGAAGUGCGACCGCUGUCGCGCCUGCCAAGCUGCCCACGCGAGUUCAAACGUACGACAGUGGAGAGAUUGUUCAGAGAUGCUGGAUUCACUUUAGAUUGGUGCAGUUUUGAAUUGUAUAACACAGUGUACAAUGAACGCAAUACACUCCGUUUAGAAUACCUAACAGAACUUCCAGCUACUAGCAAAUCUGACGUUAAAAUAACUCUAAACAAUGCCAACACUUGGUCUGCGCCAAGUAGAUACGCUCUACCAAGUAGGAGUUACGCUCAGCAAUUAUCAGUCACUAUUGCUGUACCUUUGGUGCUAAUGUUGCUCUGUGUUGCUGCGUUGAGUGCUAUCCUCUGCUUCCAUUAUGCUGCCAUGGAUCCGGAAUCCGAAGGUUUUUUCAAUGAUAUCUAUCACAUUUGUGCAGAUUACAGAAAAAAGAGAGCACAUAAAUCGGCAAAAGUGGAGCUCUGCCGAUAUGGAACUGGCAAUACAGAGCAAAGUCAAAUCGCUGAUGAUGGAAGUACGAAAAGUUUAGGCGCAAGCCCAAGCAACAGUCUGGUUCGUCCCUACAGUCCAAAGUCGUCAACUAACUUAGCUGGAAACUACAAUCGGCCGCAACCACCUCCAUACAUGGGCUCAGCUACGAACUCCUUGCACCAUCGCAGAUCUGGCCACACGGAAACCCCCUCGCGAACACCGGAACACAACCGCCAUCUCGCUCUAGAGGAAUCCAUUAAACUCUUAAACGAAGCAAACAUCGCUAGUGAGUUCGACAAUUUGCUCUUAAAAAACCCGGUUGUCGAUUUUAAUGAUGGCGCAGAAGAUUACGUUCCAAUUAAACCGGAUUCAGCCGGUUACGUCUCGAUCAAACGCGAUUUUAGUGAUGGGCUAGACUUGGCGAAGUACGGUGUCACUGGGGUUGGCGCCAUUUGA